CCGGAGCAACUCUCUCUCUCUCUCUCUCUCUCUCUCAGUCCCGUUUAAUACGGAACCGUCUGAUCUGAGCUCUACACAGAUAUCUCACCAUAUUUCAUUAUCAGAGAUUGUUUCACACACGGGUGGAGCGGACUAAAGCUGUCCCGGGCUGGCGCGCGCGUUCCGUUUGGAGAUCUCUGUCACCGGAGUCGGUGUGAUGUGGAGGCGGUGAUCAGAUUCUGCGAUCAGACUGGAUCUGAUCUCAUGACUCUGGCGUGGAAUUCUGUUUUCACUUAGAAACCUGCUGCUUGGACAAAUGCAUACAAAUGCAUUUAGGAGCCCAACGGACAAGGAGUGGACGCGUUUCUCCCACAGACACAACGAGAUUCUUCGUCCUCCUCCUGUCGACAUGUGCUGCUCUGCUGUCUGCAGAAGAAUGCUCAAGUGCUCAAGGUGUCGAUGUGAUUCGUCAUCUGGGCCUCUCCGGUCACAGAGACACUCAGACGUCCGGGACAGAUUACCUCACCUCUCUCGCUUCAUCUCCAACCGUCCUGCCCCCAGGUGUUGGGGUAACCCUCGGACGCGAGUCCCUCAUUGAUUCCCCGUCGCCGGGACUCUUCCCCGCGGGCGUGGAUAAGGAGUUUUCCCUCGUAGUCACUUUACGCUCCUGGCGAGCGAGUAACGCUUUUCUGUUUAGUGUGCGUGAUAAAAAGGACAGACUGCAGUUCGGCCUCCAGCUCCUGGCCGGCCGGGUGGUCAUUCACACGGGUGAGAAAGCCUCGGUGUACUUCAAACACGAGCUGCAGGACGGACAGUGGCACUCUUUCUCUGUCGGGGUUCGGCCGCGCUCCGUAUCAUUUUUUGCCCGCUGUGGAGCCGUGCAACACAGCGAGGAGACGUUGACCUGGACGCAGACGCUGGGUUCUGAAGGCCGUGUUUCUGUGGGGAAGAUGGACCCCCGGGCGGUGCAGUUUGAAGGAGCCUUGUGCCAACUGGACAUCUACCCCUGUGCCCAAGCUGCGGCGAAAUACUGUGACUACGUCAAGAAACAUUGCAGACUGUCCGACACGUUCCGAUCCGAGACCUCACCGGCAUCCCCUCACACCUCUUCAGGAUCACACCUGUCCACCUUUACACCCUCGCCUCGCUUGACCCGCUUUUCACAGACGUUGCGCUCCCACACAAUGAGGGACGCGGGUCCAUCUCCGAGUCCCCUCAGCAGAUUCCCCAUCGCUGAGAAGACCCCAGAAGAUCAACGACCUCUCAUGAAGCCCAGAGGAACCGAAGUCACUCCUGAUCCGGUCACCGUCGUCCGGCAGAGACUUCUGAGAAACAGUGUCAAGGAGAAUGUGGUGAAAGUGAACGGCACCGUCCUGUAUCGUGAGGAGAGCAGUUCUAAUGUGCUGGACAUGUCUGAGGAGGGCAUGCACGAGACGGGAUACUCUGACGGUUACGGAUAUGACUACGGCUUCGACGAAGACGAAUACUUCCUCGAGUAUGACGGAUUCAUCGGUCCUAAAGGAGAUCCAGGUCCUCCGGGUCUUCCUGGUCCCCCAGGUUUAUCCGGACCCUCUGGAAAGAGAGGACCACGGGGUCCUCCUGGUCCUCAUGGGAACCCGGGUCUGCCUGGUUUGGCCGGCCUCAAGGGAGCAAAAGGAGAUCCAGGACUGUCCCCGGGUCAGGCUCCUGCAGGAGAUCAGGGUGAAAGAGGACGUCCAGGUCCACAGGGUCCUAAGGGUGAACAAGGUGUGAAGGGACCCAAAGGCUAUCCAGGACCAGUGGGUCUGCCCGGAGAACAGGGUGUGCCAGGACAGCCGGGCGUAGCUGGGGCGGCAGGUUACCCUGGCAGGCAGGGUUUGGCCGGACCUGAGGGAAACCCGGGACCUAAAGGUGUUAAUGGCUUCAUCGGAUCUCCAGGAGUUGCCGGACCACCCGGACCGGAGGGAGAGAGAGGAAUUCCAGGUCCUGCGGGGAUCAAGGGACCUAAAGGAAGACAGGGUGUUGUGGGUGAUGCGGGUGAGAGAGGACCGCCUGGACCGGACGGAAAUGAGGGACCUGUUGGGGGAACCGGCAGCGGGGGUUUCCCGGGUCUCAGAGGUGACGCCGGGCCUGAGGGACCUCGUGGAUUUCCAGGAAUUGUGGGACCUCAGGGCCUGACGGGAGGGGUGGGGCCACCUGGAAUGAAAGGUGAUAAGGGAGAACCUGGAUUCAGAGGGGAACCUGGAGAAACUGGUUACCAUGGCGACAAGGGAACGGUUGGGAAUCUCGGACCACCAGGACCUCGUGGAAAACCAGGCCCCCCUGGGAAGAUGGGGGAACGGGGACUACAGGGACCUCCGGGACCACCGGGACCUGAGGGUUUUCCAGGAGACAUCGGUGCACCGGGACCAAACGGCCCCCUGGGACCAAAGGGUAUUCAAGGACUCAGGGGCCCCCAGGGACCACCAGGGCCAAAAGGAACAGAGGGAGAUGAAGGCCCCCCGGGUCCGCCUGGAAGUCCUGGUCCCACUGGCAGACACGGUCGGAAAGGUUUGAUUGGAGAACCUGGACCUGAAGGUCUGAAGGGGGAAACCGGUGAUCUUGGGAAUGUUGGGAAAAUUGGCCCUCCUGGUCCAGCAGGGCUGACUGGAACAACAGGAGUGAUGGGACAACCUGGAGAAAAGGGAGAGCGAGGUCCUCCUGGUUCUUUGGGUCCUCCGGGAGAGAAAGGGUCAAUGGGCUAUCCAGGCCUACCAGGGGGUCCUGGGGAUUUUGGCCCACAAGGCCCACCAGGUGUUCAAGGGUCACGUGGACCUGCAGGUGUUCCCGGACUGAAAGGACGCAGGGGGCCAAGAGGUGCUGAAGGACCUCUAGGUGAACCAGGUCCUGAGGGCGUAAAGGGUGAAAAGGGAUCUCCAGGAAAUAAAGGAGCGCCGGGGUUUAUCGGUAAAGCUGGAAGUCCAGGGAAGAGAGGACCACCAGGACCACCAGGUCAAGCAGGUCCGUCGGGCAGCUCAGGUGAUAAAGGUCCUCCAGGUGAACCUGGUUCCAGAGGUCCUCCAGGAGAUCCAGGACCCGAUGGAGAACAAGGCCAUGAGGGACCUGCAGGACCUGAAGGAGAGCAGGGGCCUUUGGGUGAACCUGGGGUCAAGGGUGAAGUUGGGCCUGUUGGAGGAGAAGGUGAACCGGGUCAACUGGGCAUCAGAGGUCUUCCGGGACCACCUGGAGAGGAGGGACACCAGGGGAAAGACGGACCGAAGGGCAAGUCAGGUGACCGCGGACCAACGGGAGAAGGUGGAGAAAGGGGCGAGGUGGGGAUCUCUGGACCCCCAGGACCUCCUGGAGACGCUGGGAAAAAAGGCUUUACAGGACCUGAAGGAAAACUGGGUCUGGCUGGAAACCGCGGCCGUCCGGGAAAAAAGGGUGAGAAAGGCUCAUCGGGUCACCUUGGAGAAACGGGCUCAUCGGGUGAGACGGGACAGACGGGGGAGCGAGGUCUCAAAGGUGCUCGUGGGACCAGAGGACCUGCAGGUCGACCUGGAGUUAUGGGACCACAGGGAGAACAGGGACUGGAAGGUUACACAGGUCAUGCUGGCAAGCCCGGUCCUGCGGGACCCCCAGGACCAAAGGGAGAAAAGGGUUAUCCCGGUGAAGACAGUAAGACCGCCGGACCUCCUGGGCCCUUAGGUGAACCAGGAGGUCCUGGAGAGAAAGGUGAACGUGGGGAACCAGGAGACAUUGGAUAUCAGGGUCAUACAGGGGUCGCAGGGGUGCGAGGAGCGCUCGGUCAGCAGGGAUCUCCUGGAUCUCCAGGGUUACCUGGUCAAGAAGGACCAAUGGGCGAGAAAGGAAUUGAGGGGCUCGCUGGUAAGAAAGGAUCCCGAGGUCCUCCUGGAGCGCCAGGUCUGGAGGGUCCUGUUGGUUUUCCGGGACUGAGAGGAACGUCGGGGUACCCAGGCUCUGACGGGCUAACUGGUCUUCCGGGGUUACCAGGUGUCCCUGGAUCAAAGGGGCGUACGGGUCAGCGUGGUGAUACGGGUCCAGAGGGGAGGGCGGGGCUUCCUGGUCCUCGGGGUGAGCUUGGACUUCCCGGUGUCGUUGGAGAGAGAGGGCCUGCGGGGUUGAAGGGUGAGAGGGGUUUACCUGGUGACAGAGGUGGAGCGGGCAUCAGAGGCAUGGAGGGGGCGACGGGUGACCAGGGCAUGACAGGACAGCCAGGAGCCAAAGGACAGCCAGGUGAGGUGGGUGAUGCCGGCGUGGUGGGACUCCAGGGAUUCCCAGGACCCAAGGGUCCAGGUGGAGAUGUUGGUCUGGCCGGUGUUCAUGGACCCAAAGGUCCUUCUGGUGUUCCCGGUUUCUCAGGUCCUGUAGGUCCAUCAGGAAUGAUCGGCCCGCUCGGAAAGCCAGGUCCCAGAGGCCUGAAAGGAAGCCGGGGUGAGAUGGGACCUCGGGGGCCACAGGGCAGUCCGGGACCGCAGGGAGCUCCAGGUUUAGCCGGUCCGUCGAGACGCAUCAAUGUCAACACUGCCUUUCAGGGUCUGACGGAGUUUGAUGCUUUCCCACACCUGGAGAGUUAUCAGAACACAGACGCGUCUCCUCUCCAGCAGAACGCUGAGAUCUUCAGAACCCUGCGGUAUCUGAACGGCAUCGUUACCAGCAUGAAAACUCCAGCGGGCACACGAGAAAACCCUGCACGCCUCUGCAAAGACCUGCUGGACUGCCGGAGCAAGAUAAGUGACGGAAUGUUCUGGGUCGAUCCAAACUUAGGCUGCACAUCGGAUGCCAUCCAGGUGUUCUGCAACUUCACGGCAGGUGGACAGACCUGCCUGCACCCUCUUACUACAGACAAGACCACGUUUGAUGUUGGAAAAGUCCAGAUGAAGUUCAUGCAGCUGUUGAGUGUCAACGCCACUCAGACCAUCUCCCUUCACUGCUACAACCACCCGGCGACUAUCGUCACGGAGAUACCUCCUCCUCUACACUUCCAGGGCUGGAACGGACACGUGUUUAAGGAACACUCAUCUCCGAGACCUCCCGGGCUUCUGGAUACUUGUGAGGUCCGUGAUGGUAGAUGGCAUCAGUCCCGCUUCAUGUUUCAGACUCAGGACACGUACCAGCUUCCCAUCGUGAGCGUGCAAGGUCUGGAUCACUCUCAUCCAUCAGACAGGCGGCGACAGCUGGAGAUCGGCCCCGUAUGCUUUCUGUGAAAUCACUGAAGGACCCGUGUUUCAAAUGUUAUGUCAGACCAUUGGUGAACUGGAUGACUGCGGGGUGUUCUCUCACAGGUCCUGUGGAGUCUCACCUCUCAUCGCCACUCUGGAAGAUCAAACGCUGUUAUGAAUGUCUUUCAGAGACGGACAAAUUCUUCUGGAGCCCGACACAUGUUUUGAGAGACGGAUGGCGUGUGUUAUUCAUUCAGUUGUGUUUGACGGUUCAGAGGAAAUCUCGGUGGCCUUUCACACACAAGCGAUCCUUAACGUUCACUACCUUGUGUAUUGAGUGAUAGAGCUCACAAUAUCCAUGCUUACAGUGUCAAACAAGGUUUUUCUGUUGAAAUCCGAAUCUGUAUUUGUACCUCUUGUUUCAGAUGGCGCUCUACCUCCUUCAUGUGCAGGUGCUUGUGUUCGGGCGUGUUGAGACCCAAAACAUACUCUGUGUUACACACAAGCUUCAUUACCCGCGUGCGUCCUCGCAUUCUGCAAGCGCACUCCAUAACACAAUGAAAGCAAUCCCAGCACGAAAUGCCGUCAGUUUUGGGUCUCAGGUCAACUACUGUCAACAGUUUGAAGAAAAUCUUGCUGAGCGAGUCAGUUUAAAUGUGUGCAUAUAUCUACCAUGUGCGGUUUUAUUGACACAUACAAGUGAAGGUCACCGGUGUACCGAGGUCGAUCCUUGAAAUCUUUCCGUUGACAUCUUCAGUAUGUUUCAGGCCUUUAGGUGUUUGUUUAUGCUCGCUUCAUAAGUACUUUUGCGUUUGCUCAGAACAAACCUAAUUUAUAUGAACAGUGUUUUAUAAGUUAUGUUAUACGUCGGCUUAAUAUACUUCAAUAUGUUCGCGACCCUCGAAGAUGAAUCACGAGGAUCUCAUGUACAACGCAUUUAAAUUAUAGCACAUAGACAACUGGCAGGAAUUUCAGUUCGUCACCAAUUGACACAGUUGAAACUAAUUGAAAUUGUUAAACAACACACUCUUAUGCGUUCUGGAAGGGUCGGGCGACUUCUCCAUGGUGCUGCAGACAAUAUUCUGCAAUCAUUUUAUUUUCUUCUCUUGUGUAUAUUUUGACAUUUAUAUUGGUUAUUUAUGUUAACUUUUCAAAAAUACUGUACUCCAAUAAAUUAUAUCUCUCUGGUCACUUAUCAUUUAUUUCACAUUUUUAUUUAUGCCAAAUUUGUAUUUGUAUAUAAACACGAAUCGUUGAUAUUGUGUUGUGUUGUCUUCUGGCAGCUGUGAUUGGCCAGAUUCAGGUCAUGUGAUCACACAGAGGAAGUAACGCUUCUUAACUUAUGAUUACACGAAAGAAACUGUCAAUAUAUGUGCCUACAAACAAAACACAAUACAAAAAUGUAAAUAUGAAAUAUUUUGACAUUAAAUAAAAGG